UCGAGGCACACACAAUGUCCACAUUCUCGGUAGACUCUGAAUACACCGGCCAGUCUGGCCGUAUAUAUAAGAUCAAACAAGUGAUACAGCAAGAAGAAACUCCUCCACGCCGGAUUUAUCUAGCCACAUCUGGUGAUCAAAAGUUUAUAUUAAAGUACAUUAUCCCGUUCAAUUUUGGGGAUCUUCAAGAUAUAAAUAACAGAUUACGCGGUGAUGUUGAGCAUGUCCGUCUCGCUCAAGAUAGUAUCCCCGACAAGUCAAUGUUUGUGUUUGACUAUUUCACGGGACACCUUUUCCGGCUAGUUCAGAAGGAUUUACCCCUCGACAUGACAAAGAGGAUUCUCAAAAAUGCUUUGUGUGGAAUAGUGGAACUACAUGAUCGGGAUAUUGUCCACACAGAUAUAAGAGCAGACAACAUCUUCAUCGAUUGGAAAAAUCAACGAGAUGGAGUCACAAUUGACCGAGUCCUCAUUGGCGAUCUAGAAGAUGCAGCACACAUCCCUCCUGAAUGUUAUAUGAUAGGCAAACAAGCAGGGAACUGGAUGUGGAGGAGUCCCGAAGCCCACGCUCAAGGGCCCGUGAAUAAACCAUCUGAUAUAUUCUCUUUUGCUCUUGUCUGCAUAUACGCAAUUCAAAAACGUGUCCUCUUCGCCGUCGGCAACGAAGAAUUAGAACCAGGCGUCGAUCCCCUCGCCAUCGUAAUCGGGCGACAAAUCUCCUACUUUGCCAAUAAAGACAGCCUGGAUGCGUUUUUGACAUAUCUCGGCGAUGAUAAUCAAAAUCCGUGGAUUCGGGCUUUCAAAAUCAUCCGGGACGGGUUCAGUCAGGAGAAUCCGCGUAAACCGUUUCUGUUCUGGAAGGGCGUUGAUGAGGAGUUUCGGGGGCUGAUUUGUGCCAUGACGAAUUUUGAUCCGGAAAAGAGGAUAACGGCGCGGGAGGCGUUAGCACAUAAGUGGUUUGAGGGUGUUUAGGGGUAUUGAGUAUAUUAUGUAGUCACUUGUUGUUGUAUGGAGCGGAUAAAAUCAUGUCCAUGGUGGGUAUGUUCUAUAUCUAUAAUAUAUUGAGCUGAUAGUUAAGAUUAGCCAGUAAAUUCUGAAAAGGGCCAAGUUGUUGAGAACGGGUUGUAUGUGAGAUAUCCAUAUUCUUCUGCUUAAUGAAGCAGUGAUGUGAGG